AUGAGCCGUGACAACAAGAAGCCCACCUCUCUUCUCACCCAUCUCGUUGCCGGUGGUAGUGCUGGAUUUAUGGAAGCAUGUACUUGCCAUCCACUUGAUACGGUCAAAGUCAGAAUGCAAUUAAGCAGGAACCAUGGUGCCAAGAAACUCGGCUUCUUUGGUGUUGGUACCAAGAUUGUAAGGAAUGAGUCGUUUUGGGCUCUUUACAAAGGUUUGGGUGCAGUUGUCUCCGGUAUCGUGCCAAAGAUGGCUAUCCGUUUCAGUUCCUUUGAGCUGUACAAGUCAUGGAUGGCAGAUCCCAAUGGCAAGGUUAGCACCACUGGAGUAUUUUUUGCUGGUCUUGCUGCUGGUACAACGGAAGCAAUAGCAGUUGUUUCACCCAUGGAUCUCAUUAAGAUAAGAUUGCAAGCACAACGUCACAGCUUGGCAGAUCCUCUUGAAGUGCCCAAGUACAGAUCGGCUCCACACGCUCUCUUUACCAUUAUCAAGGAGGAAGGUUUCCUUGCUCUCUAUAAGGGUGUUGGCUUGACUGCCUUGAGACAAGCAACCAAUCAGGCCGCCAAUUUCACCGCUUAUCAAGAGCUCAAGCAUUUGGGCAAAAAGAUUCAAAAUGUCGAUGAGCUUCCUUCCUAUCAAACAUUGGUUAUUGGUGGUAUUUCUGGAGCUAUGGGUCCUUUGUCAAAUGCUCCCAUCGAUACUAUCAAGACUCGCAUUCAAAAGUCUACAAAGCUUACUGGUUCAGGUUGGGAGCGGGUUAAGUUUGUAUCAAACGAGAUCUAUACCAAGGAAGGUUUCAGGGCGUUCUAUAAGGGCUUGACUCCACGUGUAUUACGUGUGGCUCCCGGUCAAGCUGUGACAUUUGUGGUCUACGAAAAGGUCAAAUCUUGGCUCGAUAUCUUCACUGAAAAGAUUCAGGACGGCGAGGUUCCCAAGAUGAUUGCUCAAAAGUAA